CCCCCCCCCCUGCCUUCCUCCGGUUCCUCGCUGUUUGACGGUCCUUCGUGCCAGAUCGGAUUGACGGCACUCCAAUGGCGGCUGCAGUUGAAGACAACAGCCUGUACCCGAUCGCGAUCCUCGUGGACGAGCUGAAGCAUGAAGACGUGCAGCUACGCCUCAACUCGAUUCGCCAGAUCCGCAUCAUCGCGGAGGCGCUAGGUCCCGAGCGCACCCAGAACGAGUUGCUGCCAUUCAUGAACGACUCGCUGGAUGACGAGGAUGAGGUGCUACUGGUGAUGGCCGAGGAACUAGGCGACUUCGUGGACGUCGUGGGUGGACCAGCUCAUGCCUAUUUACUGCUAAAACCCCUCGAGUCUCUGGCUACGGUGGACGAAGCCUCAGUGCGUGACAUGGCCGUACGAUCGAUCUGCAAAGUGGUGGAGGCCAUGGAGCCAGACCAUGUCUCCGAGCACUUUGUACCGGUGUUGCGACGUCUUGUCACCCGUGACUGGUUCACGUCACGUAUUGCCUCGUGCAAUCUUUUUCAGGUUGGCUACACACACCUUGCAGCCGAUAUUCAAGCGGAAAUGCGAGGGAUGUUCGGUCAACUAUGCCGUGACGACACUCCAAUGGUGCGCAAGGCCGCAUCUGCUGCACUUGGAGGCUUUGCGUCCGUAAUGGACGGUACUAGUGCCAGUGGAGAAAUGCUACCGCUGUUUCUGGCGCUGGCUACGGACCGCCAGGACUCAGUUCGGAUACACACAAUCGACAACGCUGUUGCAAUGGCACGUCUGGUACCAACGGAAGCGCUGUUAUCGCAGGUGCUGCCGACGAUCUUUGAGACGGCACGUGAUGGCUCGUGGCGUGUGCGAUGGUCAGUUGCCAACCGCUUUCCCGAGAUCUGCGAGGCUUUGAAUGCGGAGACGAUCAAUUCGACGUUCUGCGACUCGGUGGUGUCGUUGCUGGAGGACAACGAGGCGGAGGUGCGCACUGCGGCCACGUCAAAGAUCCUUGGGGUUGUGAAGCUCCUGCAGCCUCAGCGGAUUGUGGAGAAGAUCGUACCGUGUUUUCAACGUCUCGCACGUGAUAUGUCGGACCACGUGCGCUCUGCAUUGGCUUCUGUGGUGAUGAAGGUUGCUCCGUUUUUGGGUCGAGACCUUACUAUUGAGCACUUGCUGCCUCUCUUCCUGCUUCUGCUAAAUGACCAAAACUCGGAAGUACGCCUGAAUGUUAUUUCUAAUCUCGAAGAAGGCAACAAGGUAAGCGCAAUGAUACGAAUCUGCUGUCUAGUGAGUGUUAGUGUCAACCUGGUUGAUACUGCUGAACAGGUGAUCGGAAUUGAGCUUCUGUCGCAGUCACUGCUUCCUGCUAUCGUGCAUCUUGCGGAAGAUCGUCAGUGGCGGAUUCGUCUGGCGAUCAUAGAGUAUAUUCCGUUGUUGGCUGCUCAGCUUGGACGCGACUACUUUGAGGAACAGUUGGCGCAGCUCUGCAUGGCGUGGCUUGUGGACAAUGUGUAUUCGAUCCGUGAAGCGGCCACAAUCAACUUGAAGAACUUGACGGAGCACUUUGGCGUGGAUUGGGCACGGACGAGUGUGGUGCCGCGGAUCUCGACGAUGCACUCGAACACCAACUUCUUGCAUCGGUUGACGUCUUUGUAUGCAGUGAAAGUGCUGUGCGAAGCCAUGACCCCUGAGUCGAUUCAAUCUCUGCUUAUCCCUCUGGUUGUUGAGCUGGCUCAGGAUCCGGUCCCGAACAUUCGUUUUAACGUGGCAAAAACACUGGAAGUGCUGGGCUCUAAAGUAGACACGGAAGCGCGCACUGCCACUGUCACUCCGUGUCUGACGGCGCUACUACAGGAUAGCGAUGCCGAUGUUGUCUUCUUUGCGCAGCGAGCGCUCUCGAAGCUCGGUUAGUUUUAGGUAGAUAUCGCCUGUAUCCCAUUCACAAGAAACAAUGCACUGCAAUAAACCCAAUUACUACUAUUACUACUGAUACUACUGC